AUGAGCAGCUGUCUGGCCCUCGAUGUGGAUCUGACCGAGUUCCAGACCAACUUGGUGCCCUAUCCCCGUAUCCACUUCCCCCUGGCUACCUACGCCCCGGUCAUCUCUGCAGAGAAGGCCUACCAUGAGCAGCUGUCUGUGGCUGAAAUCACCAAUGCCUGCUUUGAACCAGCCAACCAGAUGGUGAAAUGCGACCCACGUCACGGCAAGUACAUGGCCUGCUGCCUGCUGUACCGUGGUGAUGUGGUGCCAAAAGAUGUCAACUCAGCCAUCGCCACCAUCAAGACCAAGCGCACCAUUCAGUAA